AUCACUCGUUUUCUUUGCCCCAUCAAGACACUAAGAGAAAAAUGGAAGCAUUGUGGGGCGUAGGCUUAGUUAUGACAAUGAUAAUUGCUCUAAUAUGGGCAUGGAAAUUGUUAAACUGGUUAUGGCUAAGGCCAAAGAGACUAGAGAGGCUUCUAAGAAAGCAGGGUUUUCAAGGCAAUCCAUACAAGCUUUUGUUUGGAGACACAAAAGAGUCUAUGAAGUCGAGAAAGGAGGCCAUGUCCAAACCUAUGGAUCUCUCUGAUGACAUAGUGCCACGUGUGUUUUCCUAUAUCCAACAAACUGUCAAAGAAUAUGGGAAGAAUUCUUUCAUUUGGUCUGGACCAACACCAAAGGUGAUCCUCUUGGAUCCAGAGCUAAUUAAAGACGUAUUUAAUAAGAUGUAUGACUUUCAAAAGCCUCAAUCGAAUCCACUUGCCAAGUUACUAGCUGCUGGUCUUGUAAGCUAUGAGGGAGAAAAAUGGAGCAAGCACAGAAGGAUAAUAAACCCUGCAUUCAAUUUAGAAAAAUUGAAGAUUAUGUUACCGAUAUUCUUCAAAAGUUGCAGCGAUCUAAUUACCAAAUGGGAGGGAAUGUUGUCUUCAGAUGGAUCGUGUGAAAUGGAUGUAUGGCCUUUCCUUCAGAAUUUUGCUGGCGAUGCUAUUGCCCGAGCAGCAUUUGGAAGUAGUUAUGAAGAAGGACAGAGAAUAUUUCAACUUCUAAAUGAGCAAGUUGAACUUACAAUGAAUCUUACACUAAAAAUUUACAUACCUGGAUCGAGGUUUCUACCUACUACUGUGAAUAGGAGGGUGAAGAAAAUUGACAGAGAUAUAAAAGCUUCGCUUAUAAAUAUGAUUAAAAAGAGAGAAAAAGCACUAAGAGCAGGUGAAACAACUAAAAACAACCUGUUAGAUAUACUUUUGGAGUCAAAUGACAAGGAAAUUCAAGAACACAGAAAUAAUAAGAACGUUGGAUUGAAACUGGAAGAAGUAGUAGAGGAAUGCAAGCUAUUCUACUUUGCAGGGCAAGAAACAACUUCAGGUUUGCUUGCUUGGACAAUGGUGUUAUUAAGUAGGUACCCUGAUUGGCAAGCACGUGCAAGGGAGGAGGUUUUACAAGUUUUUGGCAACAAAAAACCAGAUUUUGAUGGCCUAAAUCACCUUAAGAUUGUCACAAUGAUUUUAUACGAAGUUCUUAGAUUAUACCCACCUGCACCUGGGAUUACUCGAACUGCUCAAAAAGAUGUGAAACUUGGAAAUGUAACAUUACCUGCUGGAGUGGAAGUUUCCUUGCCAAUAGUUUUGAUUCACCAUGACUAUGAACUCUGGGGUGAUGAUGCUAACGUGUUCAAUCCUGAGAGAUUUUCUGAAGGAGUUUCAAAAGCAACAAAUGGUAGAGUUUCAUUUAUCCCAUUCUCAUGGGGUCCUAGAAUAUGCAUUGGACAAAACUUCUCCAUGUUGGAAGCAAAGAUGGCGUUGUCCAUGGUUUUACAACAUUUCUCAUUUGAACUUUCUCCAGCAUAUACUCAUGCUCCAGCUAUGAUACUUUCUCUCAAGCCACAAUUCGGUGCUCAUAUCAUUUUACGUAAAGUGCAAAAAUAAAAUAAUAAUCUCUUAUAUUGUAUUUUGCACAACUACGACAUAAUGUAAUGUUAAGAUCACAGCUUAGAGACUAUCAUUUGAAUUCAUUUACAUAUUUAUGUGUGUUAAUCUCUUUCAAUGAGUUGUUAUCUUGUUAACAAGGAGAGAAAGAAAAAAAAAAGUUUAAUUUCAUU